CGAGUACAACGCUAGAUGUCAUUCGGCUAAACAUAUCAAAAUUUAAACAUGGCGUCCGCAAUGGAAAUCGACGACGAAGAAAGUGAUUUACCUACUUCGAGUAGCGGUAAAGGAGAAAAAAAGCGUUUCGAAGUGAAGAAGUGGAAUGCCGUAGCACUUUGGGCUUGGGAUAUCGUGGUGGACAAUUGCGCUAUUUGCCGAAAUCAUAUAAUGGAUUUGUGUAUAGAAUGCCAGGCUAAUCAAGCCUCUGCUACUAGCGACGAAUGUACAGUAGCCUGGGGUGUGUGUAACCAUGCGUUCCAUUUCCAUUGCAUCUCUCGGUGGUUGAAGACUCGACAAGUUUGCCCUCUUGAUAAUCGUGAAUGGGAAUUUCAAAAAUACGGUCAUUAGCCAGGUGUGUUCCACAGCCACAAUUAUCAGAACUCGUGGGAAUUCUAAAACCGACACAAGUAUAAGAUAACAUAUAAGACGCGUGGACAUGAAAAACGACUCUCGUGAUAAGAUAAUAAAGGUAAUAUCAAUGGAAAGAAAAAAGCGAUGAUGUUAAAUUUAAUGAUUACUGAUUGUCAUAUAUACGAAGUAAGGGAGUACGAAUAGGAUCUUUAAUUCGAUAUUUUAUGUGAUGGUAUAAAGUAUAAUUGUAAGCUUUGGAAUAAAUAAGAGUCUAUAAAAUAGAA